AGCGCUGGAGAGGGAGGAGCUGAGGGGAAGGGACCGGGCAGCGGUGAGGUAAGCCCAUUUGCCGGGAAGUGAGGAGGGGUCAACCUGACGCCCGGGUUCCGAGGGUGACCGGGGCGCAGGGUCUGUCUGAGAGAUGUCUAACUGGAAGGGCCUGAGAAGGGUUCUUAGUUGGGUAAGGGGCAUUAUUUUCAGGGACAGUGUCUAUUGUGAAAAGAAUUGAAGGGACCCGUAGUUGAACCAAGAGGGACUUGACUUCAGGGAGGGAGAACUGAGGCGAACGAAGAAAGCUUUACUAAUCUAGAAAAGAAGUUGGGGAAAGGGAAGCAGGGCCUGAUAUCAGUUAAAAGAGUUGGUGGGAAUGCUGAAGCUGGACUGGAGGCUCUGGGUCUUGGGAGUACUCACUUUUUUGUUCCCAUUAGCAUUGGGAUAUAAUAAUUUGUAGUUUUCGCCACUGCCAGGGUAGGGAUUGAAGACAGAAGUACUUUUUAUUUUGUGAUUGUUGACUGCUCCAAACUCAGCCCUUAAACUUUCCUUUGGCCUCAUAGCUGGUUUGAAAAAACAAAUUUAGACGCUACUAUUUCUGUUUCUUCUUACCUACUAUUUCAUGUCCUGUGAAAAAGCUAAGCUGCCUUGGGGGAUGUUUUGUCCAUUUCUUUCCCACUUAAUAAUAUGGCCUAGAAUGGAUACUGUAUCUCUGAUCUAAAAGUGGGGGAUCGAAGGGAUUUCAUUAUCUGCAUUGAAAAGGGGCUUAGGGAUCCCCAACCAUCAAGAGAUCUUCUGACUAUAGUUGGUGAAACUUUUGUUGAACUUAGUCUUGGGUAUUUCCCGGACAGAUAAUGGAGUUAGGUAGAACAAAGCCUGAAAAUAUGAGCUGAUAUCACUGAAGGCAGCUUUUGGGAGAGAAAUUCCGUUCCAGAAGGUUGGCAUCACCCCUUGUUCUUUGUCUUCUUCUUCAGGAGCUGGGGUUUCUGUGCUCCCAGAAAGUUGGGUCAAACAGUGAGGUAUUUGGGGAAAGGAGUGAAUAGAGAAAAGGAAAAUGGAUUACUAAAGCAGAGAGGGCCCCCCCCAUAUAUUUUUAAUGGUCUGCUGACCUUCUUAGUGCCCCAUAGAUUGGAACCUGUUGUACUUUCCCAAUUGUACUUCCUCUUUUUCCCCUUCAUACCAGUGUAUUUUAUCAUUAGAAAUUUCAUUUUAAUUACAAAAUAUGUGCAUAUUUUUAAAUAUUCAGGCUAUACCGAAGUAUAAAAAGCAUAAGUCCCUCCACACAUACCCCACUCUCUUUUUCUUUCAGAAAGGUCAGAGAUAAGCGACAGCAAAUCAGACUAAUCUUGCUCUGGGGACGUGCUACCAGAGGCAAUUCUGUUGUCAUGUUCCCACCAAAUUUCUGUUUCUCAUUCUUUCCAGUUUUCCCUUCUGGGCUGGUAGUCUGCUAUUUAUUGUGCUCCUUUCCCAGUUUAUUUUCAUUGUCUGCUUGCUGUCAAACUCAGGCAAAGAUCUGUACUCUGGGUUUCAUUCACCUUCUUAAAUAUACACAUACCCCAGUUGUGCUCUGAGUGUCCUAGGAAAUGCCCAAAUAAAUGCGACCAAAACUUUUUUCUCUUUUAUGGGCAGGAAAGAAAUAUUAAGGUAAAUAAUUUUGCUUGGGACAAGUACUGGUAUCACUGCUAAUGUGAGGAAUUUGAGACCUCUGUCUUUCUGGUUCAUGGUCUGCACAUUCAGAUUAUAUGACUUAACCCAGAAGAUGAUGGUUCUCCUAAGGAACCCCUGUAUCUUUCUUUCUGUAGUGAUUUUAGAAGCCCCCAGGUUUCUCUGGGUUUGAAAUUGGUUUUCCUCUGAACCUCAAGAGUAAAGCUAGGGCAUUUCUUAAACCAGUUGUGGUCAAACCAUGGCAACCCCACGUGUGUCAGAGUAGAAAGAACUGUGCUCCAUAGGGUUUUCAGUGGCCGAUUUUUUGGAAGUAAAUUGCCAAGCCUUUCUUCUGAGGCAUCUCAAAUCUUUUGUUUAGCAGCCCAGCAGGUUAACCAUUUGCACCACCCAGGGACAUUUCAUACUACCACUUUAUUAAUUGAAUUUGUCCUUACUGGCUUUAGAUGCCCUCUAAUGUAUCUAGUCUUUGUACAGUGCCUAUCAGAAACCUUGAUUUUUGUCCCCCAGGAGAUUUUAUUUUCUCACCUGCAAAGCCAGUCCUAGAAAAAAAUACGUAAAUGUAGAUUUUUGUUUUUUUUAAAUCCUCUUUAGCCUUUGCCAUUUUCUAUACCCUGGUGGUAUUCUGUCCCUUCUUUCUUUAUGUCCUUUUGUUUUUUCUACCUUCCCUUUAACAAAACGCACUUUUAAGAAAAUAUCUGGAAUUGCCCCAUACCAAAAACCAAACCAAACCUGUUGCCAUCUAGUCGAUUCCAACUUACAGCGACCCUAUAGGACAGAGUAGAACUGCCCCAUAGAGUUUCCAGGGAGUGCCUGGUGGAUUCAAACUGCAGACCUUUUGGUUAGCAGCUGUAGCACUCAACCACUGUACCACCAGGGUUUCCAAACAUAGACCUGGAGUUGCAAAAACAUACAUGGAGAAGAGGGCCAUCCCAUUACCCUUGAAGUCAUACCCCAUAUAGUCUUGCUCUUACUUUGUCUAGGUGCAAGGAUUACCCUUUUAUAGUUUGCUUGUUUGUGUGCACUGAUAAGAAUUUGGCUUCGGAGAAGGAGGCCUAGGGUAAGAGAAUCAAGUAUAUAGCCAGCUCCCCAAUUCCCUGAUUAGACCGGAAAAGUAACUGAAGUAUGAGACAUUGAACUUAAAAUAAGGAAACGCAGCAGCCCUCUGGGAGGAAAGAUACUACAAAACCCUACAUAUUACACUCCCACUUCCCAAGAGUGUUUUAGGAAAGAUUUAGUCAUUGACUGAACAGUAACUGAGCUGAAUAAGGAGCCACCAGGUGAGCAAAGUGUGUGCUGAUUUCUGGGCCAGGCUGUAGCUUCUGUUUAGGAGCAGUAAGUACUUUUUCAGAGUGUCUCCUGGCUGUGUGGUGGUAAUGAUUUUUUUUUGUAAUGUUUCUCAAGUUCAGGAAUUAAUAGAAGGAUAACGACCCAAAGCUCUUUGACCACUGAGCAUCAACUGAAAAUUCAUGGAACUUUGUUUUUAGCUGCAGUUGCCUCAGUGUUAGGGUGGGAGGGCCACAUAUUGGGUGUGAUUAAGCCAUCUGAGGCAUAGUAACGGGUGACAGGAAAAGCAGUUAGCCCAUGUGAGUUGCAACAGCACCUUGUGGGCUGGGUUCCAAGGGAGAGAAUUAGGUCUCUGGGGUCUAUUAAAAACAUUCCCAAAUGGAACUGAGUACAAAUCUAUCCAGAUGGCAUGGAUGGGAGAGGGAGGCAGAAUUAGUUUUGCUUUAAUUAUUUUAAACAUUUAUGAGCACCUACUAGGACCAUGCUCUGCUCUGGAGAGUCAAGAUUACAUUAAAAACCGUCCCAUUUUUUGAGGCAUUUGAAAAGUUUAGCAAAGCAGACAGACACAGACAACUUAAUCUAAUGUGAUAAAUGCUAUGACAGAAAUGCAGUCUUUUUUUUUUAUUAUUUUUUGUUGUUAAGAAUGUACACACAGAACACACACCAGUUCAACAAUUUCUACAUGUACAAUUCAGUGACAUCGAUUACAUUCUUCAAAUUGUGCAACCAUUCUCAUCCUCCUUUCCAAAUUAUUCCUCCCCAUUAACAUAAACUCUCUGGGCCCAAAGUUUCCUAUGUAACCUUUCAAGUUGCUGUUGUCAAUUUGAUCUCAUAUACAUAGUUCUUAAAAGAGCACUGUCCUCAAGGCAGACGUUUGUUACUAGUUAAGCUAAACUGUUGUUUGGUUUAAAGAAAACUUAGGGGGUAUUUUUGGUUUAAGGUUUAAAGAUUAUCUCAGGGCAAUUGUUUAAGGGUUUCCAACCUCCAUGGCUCCAGAAAGUCUGGAUUCCAUGAGAUUUUGAAAUUCUUUCUGCAUUUUCCCCUUUUUGAUCAGGAUUCUUCUAUAGAAUAGAAAUACAAUCUUAACACUAUGGGACUUCUGAGGAAGCAGUGAUGACUUCUGCUGGGGUGAGAGGGUAAUUAUGUAGGAUUUCACAAAGAAGGUGAUAUUUGAGCUUGGCCUUAAAAGAUAUAAGUUUGCUAGGCAGACGUAGUGGGGAAGGGCAUUCCAAUCUUUCCUAGGUCAAUAAUAGGGAGUUUGUAGUGCCAUGCCGAUAAGAGAUUAGUAUGCUUUUUGCCUCUUGAAAUAUAUAAGGGAGAGGGUGGGGGAAGAGAAGGGCUUUCUGAUUUAAACCAGUGACUUAUUGGAUAACAUUGGAUCAACACAAUGAAAUUGCUGAGCCAAGUAGUGGAACUCUCAGUUCAAGAUUUUGGGAAUUUUUGGGUCCAAAGAAAGGGGCAAGGAGAUACUGGGGUGUUGAAGCUUGGAAACCCCUUCCCCUUCCCCCCUCCCCCUUUUGCCGCUUUGUGGCACCCCCUUCCCUCUACCCUCUCCCACUCUGAUAACCUGGCCAUGACUAGCAGAAGCACAGCCAGGCCCAAUGGGCAGCCCCAGGCCAGCAAAAUAUGCCAGUUCAAAUUAGUCCUGCUGGGGGAAUCUGCAGUGGGGAAGUCUAGCCUGGUAUUACGUUUUGUCAAAGGGCAGUUCCACGAGUACCAGGAGAGUACCAUUGGAGCGGCCUUCCUCACCCAGUCCGUUUGUCUAGAUGACACAACAGUCAAGUUUGAAAUCUGGGACACAGCUGGGCAGGAGCGAUACCAUAGCUUGGCCCCUAUGUACUACAGGGGUGCCCAAGCUGCAAUUGUGGUUUAUGACAUUACUAAUCAGGAAACCUUUGCCCGAGCAAAGACAUGGGUAAAGGAACUACAGCGACAGGCCAGUCCUAGCAUCGUUAUUGCCCUGGCAGGAAACAAAGCUGACCUGGCCAACAAGCGCAUGGUGGAAUAUGAAGAGGCCCAGGCGUAUGCAGAUGACAACAGCUUAUUGUUUAUGGAGACUUCAGCCAAGACAGCUAUGAACGUGAACGAUCUCUUCCUGGCAAUAGCUAAGAAGCUGCCAAAGAGUGAACCCCAGAAUCUGGGGGGUGCAGCAGGCCGAAGCCGGGGUGUGGAUCUCCAUGAGCAGUCCCAGCAGAACAAGAGCCAGUGUUGUAGCAACUGAGGGGGUGGCUAGCAGCAAACAAGUAUGGAGCUAGCACGAGAGCUAAGAAAUAACCUCCAUCCCUACCCCUCAGCACACAGCCCCUACGGUAACAGCACACUGAGCCCUGGCUCCCAAGGGCUGACUCCUGACAGCUCCGUCAUGGCACUUUUUAAUGCUUCAGCAACCAACACCAGGCAGCUGUUGCCACUGGCCUCUUACCCCCUACUCUGGGGCUUGGGGGUCAGAUCCCCCUGGGACUUACCUUCCACAACAAACUUUCUUCACUUUGUAUUAUAGGUGCAAGACAGUGACCUACUUAUCUUUCCUUCUCUUCCCCAGCAUUCCUCCCCAUUUUUUCAGAAAACACUUUUGUCUCUUGCCCCUUCCCUCUGUCUGCUCUUGGUCAAUCCGUGUUCUUGACCCCCUUUUUCUCCUUUCCCCAGGAUGGAGAAGGUGGUGAACCCAGGAACUGAGGAAGAAGGUUUCCAGUUCAGUCACAUUAAGGGCCCUGGGGGAGAGUAAGGCUCACAGCAGGAGGGAGUAAGGAAACAUUUUGUUUUUACUUGUUUGGAGUUUGUCCUAUUUGAAAACACUGCAGUAUCCAUGAGUUGGCCUUGUGGAGGGUGUUUCUAGCAAGAGAUGAGAAUGGGAAGGCAAGCUCUCUGGCACCAGGUGGGAGUGGUGUUGAGUUAGCCAACUGGGCGGAGGCGGAGAAGGAGGUGCAGUGUCUGCGGUGGCUCUCCAUCUCCCCAAGGCCUGUUUCCCUUCACCCAGGCUCUUAGGUAGCUUCUUCCCCGUGGUGGGGAUUGGAGCCCAGAGUCCUCCAAAGAAUCUUCACUGGUUGCCUGCAUCUUUGGCUCUGCUGUGGUCUGAUUGGAGGAGGGACUAGUUUCUGAUACCCAUCCUCUGAUUUAUACAUAUGCAUUUUUUUCUCUGGCCUUUAAAUGGGCCCUAGUCACCAUAUCCCCCUGCAGUUUGCACUUUAAUUGAUGGUAUUUCAGUUGGGAUACUUGUUUUAUGGGAUUUUUGAUUGAUUCACAUACCCUCCUACCUUCUUCUUAAUUAAAUGGAAUCCCAAGUGUAUAUGAAGUUUGGGGAGGGGCUGGAGAGAACAGUACUCUAACCCAAUCUUCACUGCUAGGUUCCUCCAACUCUGAUUCUUAAUCUGUAUUCUAGCCAGCCUAGUUCUUAAGUGGAGGUUUGCCUUGCCUGGAGAGUUAACUGAGCAACUCAGGAGUAGAGUCAGGAUAGCAUAGGCCAGGGUAGGAGAGUGAGGAGGGGCCAGGUAAGAGGGAGGAGUUUUCUCUUUUUCCAGGGUUCACAUUCAAUCUGAUAUGCAUUACCAUGUUUUUUCUACUCCCUGUAAAUAGGUGUGAUCUUUAUUCCUACUGUACAGUCUGUUCUAUCCCCCACUUCCCAUCAGGCCCUAUUUCUUUUCUCCUUUGUAACGUCUUCAGUUUAGUCCCUCUACCCCUAUCUCCAUUCUUACCCUCUAUGCAUCCUUGUACCACUAGGGGCUAGUACCACAGAGGCCUGCUUGUGGCCCCCUUAUGUCAUACCCCUGUUCCUGUGGACAGGGAAUAACUAGCACUGAAAGGUACCUCACAGUUGUCUCACACCAUCAGAGGGCUUUUGUCCUUUCUAGAUCUCUAGCCUCUCUUCAUAGCCCUCAUCAGGUGUUUUUAGGAUAUCUGUGGGAAGCCAUCAAGGCAAGAGAGAACUCUAGGCUCCUUGUUUUUCCAGCUUAGAUUUGGGGAAGAAAGAUGGGAAUGCCACAGUGAUCAAGGAUUGGGUCCUCUGCCCUUGCAGACUGCCUUCUGUCCCAGAGCAGCUGAGAAAUCCAUGAAGCUGAGAUUUUGAAGAACCAGCUUAGGUUCUUCCACUUAGGCCUCAAUUCCUCUCCUUUUCCAGGGGCAGCCUUAGUUCCCAUGGCCCUGAAACAUGUAUUUUCCCUAGCACCCACUAGCCCCAAAAGCACCCAGUGCAUCCUUUUUAUAAGUGGAAGAACUAGGAUGGUCUCUGAGUUUCUUAGAAAUGAAGUUGAAGUUCUUUCUCUGAGCACCUUUCCCCAUGGAGCAGGAGUGAAGAUGUUUCAUGGCCUUGGGGCUGGGAAACCAUUUCCCCUGGCUCCUCUGCCCCUCCCCUCUGCCUGCCCCUCCACCCUCACGAACAGGAUUGGCCUUAGCUUCUGGGCCUGUCUGCUGCCUCACCCCUACUUCUACAAGCUGUUCUGCUUUCCUUUGAGCUCUGUGGGCUUGGGGAUCUUAGGUUUUUAUUUCCCAGCUCUUCAUUUUUUCUUCUGAUCAGUUUUUUUUUUUUUUUUUUUAAUUAAGGGGGGUACCUUUUUUUUUUUUUGCUUCUAAGAAAGAAUUUGCCUUUUUUUUCCCCCUUUGUCCGUCUCCUUUGGGUCCCUCUCCUAACAUAACAAUCGUGGUAACAGAAUGCAACUGCUGAUUUACCGAUGUAUUUAAUGUAAGUAAAAAAGGGAAAAAAAAAGUA